AUGGACCUCUUAUUUGGAAAAAAGAAGACGCCAUCAGAGAUCCUGCGGGAGAACAAGCGCAUGCUGGACCGGUCGAUACGGGAGCUGGACCGCGAGCGGGCGCAGCUGCAGCAGCAGGAGAAGAAGCUCGUGGCUGAUAUCAAGAAGUCGGCGAAGCAAGGACAGAUGCAGCAGGAGAAGAAGCUCGUGGCUGACAUCAAGAAGUCGGCGAAGGAAGGGCAGAUGGGUGCGGUGCGGGUGAUGGCCAAGGAUCUCAUCCGCACGCGGCAUCAGAUCACCAAGUUCUACGGGCUCAAGUCCCAGCUGCAGGGCGUGUCCCUGCGGAUACAGACCCUCAAGUCCACCCAGGCUAUGGCAGACGCUAUGAAGGGGGUGACCAAGGCCAUGCGAUCCAUGAACAAGCAGCUCAACCUGCCCGCCAUGCAGAAGGUGAUGCGGGAGUUUGAGAUGGCGAAUGAGCGCAUGGAGAUGACGUCAGAGAUGAUGGGUGACGCCAUAGACGAUGCCAUGGAGGGCGACGAGGAGGAGGAGGAGACGGAGGAGCUGAUCAACGAGGUGCUGGAUGAGAUUGGCAUCGACAUCAACCAGCAGGUGCGUGCUGCUGCCUGCAUGCUGGUGCAACAGUUGUAUGCUCUCUGGAUGGCCAGCAGUUGGAUGUUCUAG